GCACUUCCGUUUUCAGUUUUCCAAAGUCGAGGAAGCGCGAACAUAAACAUUGAGUCCGAAAUGAGGCAUUAAAAUUAUUAUGCUGCUAGUCAAUCGUUGUCUUCCGCCAUAGUGUUUCGUAACUUUAAAGGGAUUUUGAUUUCUGCAACAAAAUGAGUGAAUUCACAAUUCACCACCAUGUCAGUGAGCUGAUGACUUUAUUAGGGGUAAGGUUGUCUGAUCCAGUUGGGGAAGAAGUUUACACAGAAAAGUUGCUGAAAAGUAGGACUCCUUACAUCACAACUCAGGUUUCAUCCAGUCAAGCGAAGAGGAAGAUUGCUGAGUCUUCUCAGACACCCAUAGAGUUCCUGGCCAAGUACGAUGAACUCAAGGGGAAAAACGCACGUGACCUGGAUCCUUUGGUGUACAUGCUCUCCAAGCUGUGUGAGGAGGAUCAGACUAAAGAAUUUUUAAAGAAAAAUGCUCUUGAUAAGGCAAGGAAAGAGGGAAUGACCCUGGAGCCCCAUAGCAAAGUGACCUCACAGCUGCCAACUUCAGGGGCAAAGCUUACAGAAGAAGAGUUGUCAGAGAUAAAGGAUGCCUUACAGAAGCAAGCCAAGGUGGUAGACACAGCAUCUUCUGAUUUUCUUAAGAAAGUUUUGAGAGAGAGGCAGGUCACAAGGAAAGUGAAUAUUCCCCAACAACCAGACUGGCUGUUUCAGCGGACACACCUCACUCUGGACUUUAUGCCAUCAGUGGCCGGUCCGGCUGAUGAGAACAUUAUCCCCCUUGGCACGCUGCCAGUGUACUCCCAGGAGCAGGCUGUUCUCUCUGACCUUCUCCUGAAUAUGGCAGGACAAGAAGCAAGGUACAUCCUGCCGCGUCCUCUCUCAGAAAAGUAUGCUGCAAAAGAGUUCCUCAUUGAUCAAAGUUUGGAUACAUCUGUCCAGGAACUGGUGAAAAGAAUUCUGCCAUUGUGUACCAACUAUUCCACAGUAGUAAGAUUCAUUGAAGAAAAGUCAUCCUUUGAAUAUGGUUUGGUGAAUCAUGCUCUCAGCCAAGCCAUGGACACUCUUAUAAAGGAUUACCUUGUCAUGAGAGCACAGUUAGAACAGCAAAUGAAACAGGGACAACUGACUCUCCAAAAACUGUGCUUUUAUCUGCAACCGACCAUGAGGAUUCUGGAAAUUUUGGCUUCUGUGGCAAAUUCCAUCAACAGAGGCAAGUGCAUCGGUGGAGCAGUCUUGAGUCUUCUACAUGAGAAAACGGCUUCGAUGAUUGGGGACAACAAGAGUGCAGAGCUGUGCUUGUAUCUCACUCAGAGUGCUUGUGUCCCCUACAUGGAGAUACUGGAAAAGUGGAUUUAUGGUGGAAUAAUCAAAGACCCCUUUUCAGAGUUCCUUGUGGAGGAAAAUGAAACAAUUCAGAAGGAAAAGCUGCAAGAGGACUACAAUGAUGCUUACUGGGAGAAACACUACUCUGUUUUUCAAGAGAGGAUUCCUGUCUUUCUUGAGCAAGUUGCAGACAAAAUUCUCAACACUGGGAAGUACUUGAACGUGGUGCGGCAGUGUGGUCGUAACGUCAAAUGCCCUUUUGCAGAGGAACUGGUUUACACUGUGAAAGAGAGGAGAUACUAUGAUCAGAUCGAGAGAGCCUACAGCUAUGCCAGUCAGUUGUUACUUACUCUUUUGAUUGAGGAGAAGGAGCUGAUGGCUCGACUCAGGUCCAUCAAGCAUUACUUCUUACUGGACAAGGGUGACUUCAUUGUCCAGUUCAUGGACUGGACGGAGGACGAGAUGAAGCAGCAUAUCGACGACAUUCACCCGUCCAGGCUGGAGUCUCUCCUGGAGCUGACCCUUAGGACCAGCACGGCCAAUGUUGACCCUUUUAAGGAUGACCUCAGAGUGGAUUUAUUGCCCUUUGACCUGACUUCUCAGCUGCUCCAGAUUCUUGCCAUUGAUUCAAAACAAGAAAAAGAAUAUCGCAUUGAUCCCACCGACAUCCGGCUGUCUGGGUUAGAGUCAUUCUCCUUUGAUUAUGUUGUGAAGUGGCCGACAUCCCUUGUCAUCAGUAGAAAGGCUCUGACAAGAUACCAGAUAUUAUUCCGGCAUUUGUUUUACUGCAAGCAUGUUGAACGCCAACUUUGCAAUGUGUGGAUGGGCAACAAACAGACCAAGAUCUACGCCCUGAGCAAGUCACGCUGGUACUCGGCCGCCUUCGCCCUGCGUCAGAGGAUGCUCAACUUUGUGCAGAACUUUGAGUACUACAUGAUGUUUGAGGUCAUUGAACCCAACUGGCACAGCUUCCAGCAGAACAUGUCCAAGGUGUCCAAUGUGGACGAUGUUCUGGCCUUUCACAGUGACUUCCUGGACUCCUGUUUGAAAGACUGCAUGCUUACCUCAACAGAGUUGCUGAGGAUUGUGCAUAAACUUCUGGUUGUUUGUGUCACGUUUUCUAAUUAUGUCCAGCGUGUGAGUGCAACGACAACUGUUGAGGCAGAGACGGAGCGACUGAGGGACAGCUCUCUGCAGUCUUCCUUGAGUAACAAGGAGAGGAAGGUUGAUGCACAAAAGAAAAGGACGGCCACAAAGGUUGUGAUGGAGCACGUAGACCAAGUGUUGGCCGAUGAGAACUUUGAGCAGACAAUCAUGACUUUUGACAACAACUUUUCACGGCACUUGCUGGAACUUUUGGACAAAAUCAUGGACGAAAAUACAAAAACCUAUGACCACAAACAUUUCAAUAUCAUAUACAGGCUGGACUUUAACGGGUUCUACACGGAGAAACUGGAAGCAAUGUCUGCCGAGAGAGCAAUGAAAGAUAACUCUGUGCUUUCAGACUCAAGUGCCCAUACGAACAGUUCAAAUGGAUCCCUCCCUGCAUCGUUCACAGCACAGAGGCCCGACUCUGUUCGCUAUGUACCCGGGCAGUACAAACCUCACAAAGGUUCUGGUUCAGGAUCUGAUCGAUGAUAGAUGGUGUGAACUCUUGCUGUAGUAGCAUCUGAUACUGUUGUGAUGUGGCAGUUUCCACUGGAUGUUUUCCAGGAAGCUUAGAAUGUUUCAGAAUGUUUUACGGUCUGCCGGGGUAAAAAUGAAUUAUAUCGGUCUGGAUUUCUGAAACUGUCCUGAUUUUGCUCUCUGUAUGAAAAUAGUCUGGAUACAAGAUGUACCGUAAUAGACAAUGAGAUCUGUAAAUUUUGAGUCCCCACGCACAAGUUUCUAUUUUGCUUGAACAGUUCAGGAUUUUUUUUGUAGCCAGUUGUCAACUCUGCUGGGCCAUAUAAUGCCAUUCUUUAAAAAAAAAUGUUAUAAACUGAUUCCAUCCAGAAUUUUUUCAGGCUCUGGACAGAAUUAUUUUUCCCUGUUCAAUUUUUGACCCGGGGUGCAUCUAUUUAAUGCAUUACUGUGAGGCUCUAAGUUACUCUACAUAUGUAUUGUCAUGUACCAAAUUGAUGGGAAUAAAUAGAGGAAUCUGUUCAUGCUAAUUUCAGUGACGUAUAUUUUGAUUGCAUUGUAUUUGUCCACAGACAAACAAAAAAUAGAAGAAAAAAAUUCCGCUAAAUAUCUUUUACAAUUUCAACUUACCUCAUUUUUUUCAGCACUGCAAGUCCUUAUAAUCCAUAGGAAUCAACACAGAAUUGUAGGGAUAUCACCCUGGCACACAUUUAUGAAAGAAUUUCACAAGUUUAGUUGAAAAAUUUUCACUGAGGGGCUUUUUUAUGUAUGUAUCCAAUUUACGAA